GAUUCCAAGAAUAAUUUGUGUAAGAGCCAGCAUGGUGUGAUAGUUUACAUGUCAGUUGCAUGAAUCAGAAGACUUCUAGAAAUAAAUGAUGCUCAUACUCUUAAUAGUAUGGUUCUCAGAAAUGCGUUGUUUCAUAAAGAACCCGUACAGGGGAUUCAGCCAAAGAUGUGAAAGAUCAAGUUCCAGAGUUUUCAGUUUGGAUUGUUCUACUUGAUAAGAAAAGAGAAGGAGGCAGUUUCAGAAUCUUUUCUGGAUAAUUCUUUGGAGCCAGUUGUUUUCAUUAUACGGAUUCACUGCAGUUCAUUUGGAUCCAAGAUUUACAAAGACCGUUUGUUAUCCGUGCAUGUCUGACAAUAUUGGUACUGCUGACUGUAUUCUGGGUUCUCUAUAAGAUUCACACAGAAGGAAGCCUCUCGCAAAGUUUUCCAACCAUUUUAGGACUGACAUUUCACAUGAUGUCUUCCUCUGCCUCCACUGUGAACUCCACCCUAAGCCCUAGCAUCAUGCCGACCAAUGGCACCCACGUCCACUCUGUAGACCCUGAUAAAGCUAUGAGGGAUUUCUAUAUAGGAUUCUUCCUGGCAGUCAGCUCCAGUAUAUUCAUUGGUGCAAGCUUCAUAUUGAAAAAGAAAGGACUGAAGAAGUUGGCUACUAGUGGAACAAGAGCAGGUGAGGGCGGCUAUGGCUACCUGAAGGAGCCCCUGUGGUGGCUAGGACUGAUUCUUAUGGGAACUGGAGAGGCAGCUAACUUCACAGCGUAUGCAUUUGCUCCUGCUACUCUAGUCACCCCCCUUGGAGCCCUCAGUGUCCUUGUGGCGGCUGUCAUGUCUUCGUAUUUGCUGAAAGAGCGUCUCAAUCUUCUGGGAAAGAUUGGCUGCUUGCAGUGCAUUCUGGGAUCCACUAUUGUAGUCAUCCAUUCUCCAAAAGAACAGGAAGUUGAUAGCAUGGAGUCCCUGGCACACAAGCUUGUAGAUCCAGUCUUCAUUACGUAUGUAGCCAUAGUGUUUGUCAUCGCUGGGGUACUGAUAUUCUACUAUGCUCCAAGACAUGGCACCACCAACGUCCUGAUCUACAUUGUUAUCUGCUCAGUGAUUGGUUCUUUAUCUGUGAUGGGCUGCAAGGCCCUGGGUGUUGCCCUAACAGAGACGUUCAGCGGGAGGAAAAAUGAAUUCACCAAUUGGCUAACAUACUUUUUCAUAUUCACGGUGGCUUUGUUUGUAUCAGUACAAUUAAACUACUUAAACAAAGCUUUGGAUAUAUUCAACACUGCCGUGGUGACACCUAUAUACUAUGUAUUUUUUACCUCAUUUACAAUUAUAGCAUCUGCCAUUUUGUAUAAAGAGUGGGGUCACUUGGGCGCCAUGGAUGCUAUGGGAGUAAUAUGUGGAUUCCUGACCAUAGUUGCAGGUAUAUUCCUUCUCCACGCAUUUAAAGACAUGCGGGUCUCCCUAGCUAAUCUACCCAAAGCCCGAAAGGACCAAACUCCAACUAACGGAGAUGCUUCUGACAGUGGUGGCUUUAUAAAUAGACAUGAAGGAGAUGUCUCAAGAAACCUUCUUAAUUCGCGAGAUGAAUUAGGCAGUGAAGACGAGAUGAACUCUACCGAGCACCUCCAUACAACAGACCAUCCUUCAUAUAAAACAUCUAAUUAUGUUUCAAUGGAUCAUAAUAAUCCAACAAAUGCAUAGAUUAUAUGAUGGAAGGAAAAGAUAUCAUCUUCAUUGUCGUCAUCAUCAGUUACUGUAGUGCCUAUUAUAUAGGAGUGAGCCUUUUCUUGACAAUAUUGUAAAUACUGAGAAUUCUUUGAAAAUAAUGGGACCAGUGCUUAUCUGUGAAAACGAAAGGUUUUAUUGUCCAAAACCUUGGGAAUAGCUAGGAUUUCUCAACGUUUUGCUAGAUGUAUUUGGUAUCAGUUUGAUGUAAUUUGGAUGUUAAUAUUGUGAUUUAACAUACAAGAAGCUAUUGUUUGUAGAGAUUGAUUAAUCACUAAUUCACAGGCCAUAUUGACAAAAGAGAUAGACUUGGAUGCUUAUGGUGUUUUAUAGUGCAAAAUGAGACAAAUGUGCUGUGUAAGGAAACAUUAUUUCAGGUUAUUUGUGGAUAAAUGUGAAUGUGUCUGCUGAAACUGCUAUUCAGAUACUUCCAUCCUAGUACAUUCUGCUGGAUUUUAGAUUGUUGGUUUCCACAACAAUAUUGUUGGCUCGGAUGUUUGGAGAGAAAAGGUUCAGCUCUGUUUAUUUUCUCAACAAAAUGUGACUUGAUGUAUACCUAGUUUUACUAUAUACAUAGCCUGAGAAAAUGACUAUUUUGUGAUUGUGUGAGUAACGAAAGUUAUUUUUAAUUAAAAUCCUCAGAGAAGUGAUGUAGAGUAAAGAGAUUUAAAAAUGUCCUAUUUAAGUUUAUUCUCAAUAUUGUAGCUGUGAGUCCCUAUUAAUUGAAAAGAAUUGUGUGGGUUUGUUUCUGGUUGUGCUUUUUUUCCUUUUUCAAAAUAGUCCCAUUCCAUAUAAGAAGUUUAGCUAUAAUAUUCAAAAUAAUUUGAAAUUCUGUAGUUUCUUUUAUUCAUCCAAAAGUUAUCCCCUAGAUUUAUACUGUACAGGGUUAUAUGAAUAAAAUCUAAAAAUCGGUAUCAUUAAGUUAACGUAUCAAGUCAUGAGAGUUGUUUAGUCUAAAAAACACCAUCAUUAAAAGGAUGUUAUAUAUUUAAUUGGCAAGAUAUAUAUUGAUGUUGAAAGGAGAAAUGAAUGUAGGCAAUUUUGUGAUUCUUCUGGGCCAGUAGGUGUUGGUAGGAUUAAAGAGUUAUGAUAAUAUUUUAAUUUGUUUUUAAAUGUUGUGAGUGCAAUUGUCCUGGUAUUCCAUCCAUCCAUAUUGGAUUCUAUUCGAUGCAUUUCACAUUAAUUUAUUAUUGUUGCUCCGGCAUUUGACAGCCGCUGAUCACUCUACUAGGGCUCUCUGCAAUUGUUCCAGUUAUCUUUAAUAUGUGAAAGUAGAAUUAAUGAAAAUACUAAUAUUAUUUUAAUUUUGUUUUUAGACCUCAGUAAAAACCUUGUUGUGAGUUUGUGUAGCGAAACCAUGGUUCAAAAAAGAAAUAGCUCUGCUUAAAGCUUUCUUAAUUAAUAGAAAAGUGAAGUUUUAAAUUGUCUGUUCACAGAGUUAAAAUUGAGAUCAUCUAUGCUGUUAGCUUAUAGCCAAUCUCAUCCCCCUCCACCCCCUCCCCCCUUUUGUGAUACUUAGCUGUCCCUUAUUGUUGAAAUAUCCAAUGUUACUGUCAAUAAAUUAUGUGUAUAUCAGUGUACAUGGUUGAUAUGGUAUAAGUGGCUGUUGACCAAUAAAACUGUUCUUUUUA